AGGUCUUCCCCAGCACAAACUAUUUUAUGAUUCUGUGGCAUUUGUUUUAUUUUUUUGAGAACUGGCAGAUUGUACAGGGUGCACAAAUUAAAGCAGUCAAGAACUCUUUUCCAGAGGGCAGUGUUACAUGACAUAGGGUUAAAUCCCAGCAGAAAAUUCACAGUGGAAAGCCAAAACGAGUGGCCAACAGAGAGAGCUGAGGGGUCAGAGAAAGAGAAGGAAGAGGCACAUCCUCAUGUACAGGAAGCCCUGGGUAUCCAGCUGAUGCUUGCUGGAUCUUAUCCUGAGGAUGCCACUUCCAACAGGCACACUGUUGUGAACCAGGCUGAUGUCACUUGCAUGCUCUGGAUCCAACCACCAUUACAGCAGAGUCAUCUGCCUCACCAAUGCAAUCCUGCUCUAUAAAUCUUUGGGCCUUUCAUUGCAGCACUGUAAAGAAACCUUCAUUAGAGAAUGGGCAUGACAGAAAUCUGGAAAUGAAAAGGUAGCACUGCAGGAAACCAAAACACAGCAGGGAUGGCUUGCGUUCACAGUGAGCUUGUCAUAAAAUUAUUGCCUGUAUCCGUGGUAGCUCUGGGCCUGCAGCGAUGAAGAACCAGUAUAAAAGGCAGCUGAAUUCCCAGCUCUCCCAUCCACUUCUCUUGCCUCCUUCUCGUUGGGAACCAGGUAAGUGUGAAGCACUCUCUCCUCCUCUGGCUAAGUCAGAUUUCACCUCAACAGUCACCUUAUCAGAUAGUGGAGGUUCAUGCUAUGGGAAACGGUAGAGGGGAUAAGGUUUGUGUAGACAGUGCUUGGGACAACUUACAUGGCUUUAGAUUUAUGCAGACUGUGAGAGUCUCCUUGGGCCAAACUGUUCUUUGUAGAGCCCUGGCAUAAGGAAGUGAUGUGACCUGCUGUCACAGCCUUCUCCUCCAUCCUUCAUAGUUGCCUUUGCUCCUGUGUGAGAGGCUAUCCAGGCUGUCCCUCCAUACCCAAGUGCUCUACUUUCACUUAUCCAUCUCUCCUAGGUGUACCUCCAGUCUAAAGACAUGUCCUGCUACAGCCAAUGUGUGCCAUGUCGGCCAUGUGGCCCCACCCCUCUGGCCAGCAGCUGCAAUGAGCCCUGUGUCAGGCAGUGCCAGAACUCCACCAUUGUCAUCGAACCCUCUCCCGUGGUGGUGACCCUGCCCGGACCCAUCCUCAGCUCCUUCCCGCAGAACACUGUUGUGGGAUCGUCCACCUCCGCUGCUGUUGGCAGCAUCCUCAGCUCUGAGGGCGUGCCCAUCACCUCGGGAGGCUUUAACUUGUCUGGCUUCGGCAGCCGCUACUGUGGCAGAAGGUGCCUGCCCUGUUAAAGCCACUGGCCUUGGUCCUGGAGAAAUUC